AAGACAGAGUCAGGACUGAUGAAUGAUCAGCAAAUAGACAGCAUUCAGCUCAGAGAAGAAUUUAUAGUAUGUUAUUCCGUCAGAUCUCAGGUGCAAGGAUGAUGACACUGACGGACAAACCAGCACAACACCUGUUCGAGUGGUUGGUUACCUUGAUCAUAGAAAAAACUGAAAAAUGAAGCCUAACGUUUGGAACAUAAAGGAAAUCUUAAAUAUUCCAUCAACCUCUAUGGCGAAAACAGGCAAAGGUGGUACAACUAGUGACUACUGCAAUCUGAGUGACUCACAGUUUUUGUUUGGAUCUCAGUUGUGGCCAGAGAACUCUCAAGGCUUUUCCCAGGAGAUGAGUGGACCGUCACAGGAACCUAAAUCUGAACAGAUAAAUGAGCUGAAGACGUCCAGCAGUUAUCACUCCAAGCCCUUGUUGUUUGGAGAUGGUAAAGCAGCAAACAUCACUGGUGGUAAAACACUGGGCAUAUUAGACAGAUUUGAAGAGGACAAGAAAAAGGCCAAAGAGAAUGAAAUGCUGAUUAAUGGAUUCAGACAGCUGCAUGAAAAUCUAGAAAAUAUCAAAAGGAUGUUUGUAAACUUUGUCGAUGGGAGCUGUGAUAUCACUAAAAAUGUUUUGGCAGAAGGACUUAAUGGUCUCAGAAAAACAAUUCAAGAUGAUCUAGCCAAUAUAAAGGAAAUCAUAGCAAGUCAGGCUAAAAUGCUGGUGAGUCUGCAGAACCAAACAAACCAAGAGAUGAAGGACAGUGAAGCAAAGACCACAGUGGCUAUAAAAGACUUGAGCUCACUCAUGAUCAGCAUGCAGCAGGAUUUGAAAUAUCUGAGAAUAGAGCAGAGCAAUGAGCAGAGCAUAUUUAGAGAGAUUCAGUCAAUGCUUGCCACAAUAAUUACCACUCACUCAGCUGGAGAUUGUACUAGGCCUGUCAGAAUGACUGACAACACUGUUCAGACUUCACCUGGUCUUAUUGGAAAGUGCUGUGCCAUUUCAGAGGAAAAGCGCUGUUGUGAAGGGAUGAGUCUGUGCAGAGGAUCAAUUACACGUUCAGAGGAAAGAGGACACUGUGGUUUGUGUCAUGCUAAACUGCAAUCUUCAGAAGAGCUCAACAUAGGUGGAUCUUUCCCAGUCCUAGGUUCUGUACAGCAGAAGCAGCUGCUGACCUGUACAUCAACUGAAAAGCCCUGCUGGUCUGUUCUAACCACUGCUUUGACCCACCCAGUGGCUGCUAAUACAGUCACUGCCAAUCUUCAAAGGAAUUAUGUUGUCAGAGCCCCUGUUCAUGUGGAACCUGUGAAUAAUUUGGCUGAUGUGGAAGAGAAAAGGUUCAGAAACUGGACUGAGGUACCCACACAGACAAAAAUGCCCAAGAGAGGACAGAGGAGCCAAAGUUACAGAAAAAAGAAGAGAGCUUUGAUUCUGCCACAGAGGAGACAGAAUGACAUGAUGACUUCGGUCAACAUAUUUGAGGAUAGCCAAUAUGAUGAAGAUAAAGAAAACAGGGUGCCUCUCUCAGCAUUCAAAACUGUUUCAAAGAAAAACCUACCAGCGACUCAGCAUAAAGCCACAGCUGGCCUGACAAAAAGAAAUGAAUGUGGACAGCACCUGAAUUCAUGGUCAUGGUCCCAGAGCAGCAAAAGCUCUGAUGUGAUGGUGGAGUACAAGAAAUCUGAACAGGAGAUGCCCGAGCAAAAAUCUAAUACCAUAGUUAAACAGAGAGGCAUCUGGCAGCUCUUUGACUUCAUGAGUGACUCUGAUUGA